AUGGCUGCCCACAGAUUGAAGAUCGGCUGUGCCGGCCUGGGCCGAAUGGGCAAGCGCCAUGCCCUAAACUUCCUGGAGCGUACUCCUCGAGCCGAGCUUGUAGCCGCAAGUUCACCUGAUCCUGUCGAGCAUGAAUGGGCUAAGACUCACCUCGAGCCCUUCGGCGUGCGUCUAUAUCAGAACUACGAUGACAUGCUCAAGCAUGAAGGUCUAGUUGCCGUGGUAGUCGCAUCAGCAACUGCAGUGCAUGCCGAGCAGGCAAUCAAGGCCAUCAACGCCGACAAACAUGUCCUCUGCGAGAAACCCAUCUCCACCAGCGUCGAAAUAUCCCAAUCCGUCAUCGACGCCGCAGCCAAAAAGCCACAUUUAAAAGUAAUGUGCGGAUUCUCCCGCCGCUUCGACAAAUCCUACCGAGACGCACACCAAAAAAUGCUCUCCGGCGCCAUCGGCACCCCCUCCGUCCUCCGCAGCCAAACCUGCGACAAGCUCGACCCAACCGGCUUCUUCGUCGCCUACGCCGAGUUCUCCGGCGGCAUCUUCGUCGACUGCUCCAUCCACGACAUCGACCUCACGCUCUGGUUCUUCGGCGACUGCAAAGUAAAGUCCGUCUCGGCAGUGGGUAUCACCGCCGUCGAGCCCGAUCUGCGCAAGCACAACGACCGAGACAACGCCGUCGGUCUGGUUGAGUUCUACGAUGGCCGGAUGGCGUUUUUCUAUGCAUCUCGUAUGAUGGCGGCGGGCCAGGAGGAUGUUACGGAGAUUAUUGGGACGAUGGGGAAGUUGGCGGUUAAUACGCAGCCGGCAUUGAAUCAUUUGAGUAUUUUUGAUGCGUCGGGCGUGAGGAGGGAGAUUCCACAGACCUACUAUGAUCGGUUUGAGGGGGCGUUUGUUACGGAGGCGAAUGAGUUCUCCGCGGCUUGUUUAGAUGGUACGGCGUUGCCGAUUGAGUUGGGAGAUGCGGUUGAGGCAGUUAGGAUUGGGGCGGCGUUGCAGGAGGCGCUGAUUACGCAGAAGAAGAUAUUUUUUGAUGAGAAUGGGGAGAGGGUGGAGGUGGCUCAUUUGUAG